AUGUAUAACAUGCAGAAGACCAUCCGGUGGAGUAAAACCAAAAUAUUCUUUACAUUUUUUGGAUUUAUUUUUUCAAUUGCCGUUGUAUUUUUUAGCUUAGUUCCUAUUUUUAAUAGGACAGUCACUUCAGAAAAUGUUUUGACAAUCCUUGUGGGAAUUAUUCAUUCGCUUAGAAUGGUUGAGUUCUUGUUUAUAUUAACAGGCGCCCAGUGGUUUGUUUGGCUUAUUACAACAUAUAUGCUAAAUGGACUAGCACUUGCGCUGUUUACUUAUCCUGAAAUUAUAGAGGUUCUGAAUAAUGCACUGGGACAGACUGAAACAGAGUAAAUCUGGCCGCGUCUUUAGCUGAGCCCAAUAGUGAACUGUUACAUGCACGCUCUAAACUACCUAAGGUAUACACAGAGUAGCUAUGGCAAUGCUUCUGGCUAAAUAUUAUAAGUGGAAAUAUAUACAUAUUUUAUAUGCCUACCAUGGAUUAUCGUACGUUGCAGGUGACCAAGACGCCAUGAUCUCAUUCUGCUCGCCAGUUUCAUCUGAGUUGUGCGUAGCAUCUAUUACAGCAUCUGUGGUUUCUUGUUUUAUCAAAGCAUAGAAUUUUCUCAUCUGCUGUGGAUUGUGAGCCUGCAUCUUUAUGCUUCUUGAAAAAAACCCAUUGUCUGAUAUUUUCAUUUCUUUCCCAUUUGCUUGUAACGAAACCCGUUUAUUCUUUAGUGAAAUUGGGAAAACCUUUUCAAUUAUUGGUAGAACGUUUAUGUUACUGAGCAGGUAACAGUUUAUCUCUUCUAUUUCUGGCUCAUUGAAGGCUAAAAGCGCUUUCUUCAAAAAAGUUAAAGGGCAGCUGCCAUUUCCU